AUGGCGGACCUAUCAAGAUCUUCACUUAUAGACCAGCUUCUACACCUCCGCAGUGAGGCAUCACACCCCGACUCCUCCCACCGCCUCUCCGCUCUAUUAUCCACACAAACUGGCCCUUGGCCGCUCCGUCACCUAAUUCCUACAUAUCAGGACAUCUACAAGUCCAUUCCCGAAUCCCAAAAGACUAAUAACAAUGAAUCGAUUACUCGCCUUCGGGCACAAGUCAAAGCAGCCACACCCAACGUUGCAGAAUUAAUAGGCACAGACUCCCGCGCCGGUCUCAUCGAUGCCAAUACUGGGCGGCAUCUGACACAUAUUGCCAUCCGUCAGUUCUUGGAGAGUUUCCAGAUUCCCGUUGGACUCUCUCGCCAUGGCAAGCCACGCAUCGCUGUCAUCCUGCCUAACGGCCCUCUUAUGGCAGUUGCUGUUCUUGCUUUCGUCAACAGGUACACCAUUGUGCCUAUGACAACGAACACGGUGCCAGAGCAGCUGCAGACAGAUAUCGAAAACUCGCAAGCUGAUGCUGUUGUCGCGCUGGACGCUGACAUCAGCAAAUUACAGCUGAACAACGGUAUUCGGCCUGUGUUUGGUAUUGAGCAGCUUGAAGAUAUGACUUUCCAGGUGGUGUCUGCACACAAUGCUUCUAGUGUAUACGACCAUCCCCCCAAUUCCGGAGACGACAUUGCAAUCAUCCUGUUCACCAGUGGUACCAGUGGCACUAAGAAGCUGGUUCCCAUCACAACUUACAACCUCAUCGCGGGUACCAUCGCCACCAUGGAGUCAGUGGAACUAUCCGAGACAGAUACAUGUCUUAAUAUGAUGCCGCUCAACCAUGUUGGUGGUAUCAUGCGCAGUAUUUUCUCCCCCAUCCUGGCCGGCGGUUCCACAAUAUGCUGCCCCUCGUUUGACCCCAGCAUGUUCUGGGAUGCGGUGCAAAGCCCUCACAUGACACCAACUUGGUACUAUGCCACACCCACGAUGCACCAAAUGAUUCUUGCCGAAGCCGAGCACCGCCCCGAUGCUGUUGAGCAAAGCGCCAUCCAGUUUAUCUGCAACGCCGGUGGUGGUCUUCCUCCAACUCUUGCGGUGCAGCUCCAUGACGUUUUCCACUGCGUCGUCCUCCCCAGUUACGGAAUGACUGAAUGUAUGCCUAUUGCCGCGCCGCCGAGAGACUAUAAGCUUGAUCGCCCUGGAACAUCGGGAAAGAUCGUUGGUCCCGAGGUUGCAAUCCUAACCGAGAGUGGCAAGCCUGUCUCGCAAAAUGGGAUGCUGGGACAUAUCUGCAUUCGUGGAUCACCCGCUUUCGAGGGAUACCUGACUGCAGAGGGCAAGAUCGAUACCAACGCAUUCAACGAAUCUGGCUGGUUUGAUACUGGCGAUCUUGGACAUCUCGAUGACGAAAACUACCUGUACAUCACUGGUCGCAGCAAGGAGGUCAUCAACCGUGGUGGAGAAAUCAUUUCACCAGUCGAAGUGGAAAACGCCGUGCUGACCACCGCCAAGGACCCCGAGUCCCCAUUGUAUGGUCGCGUCACUGAGACAUUGGCAUUUUCUGUCCCAGACGAGGUCCUACAGGAAGUCGUCGGUGUGGUUAUAGUCACACCUCCCGGCACCACUAGGCCAGAUCUUCGGCAGAUACACGAAGCUCUACAGCCUAUUCUCCAUCAGCCCAAGUGGCCCGCUCUGGUUGUAUACAUGGACGGUGUGCCGAAGGCAAACAACAAGAUCCAGCGCAUUAAGCUCGCAGAUCGGUUAUCUUUGGAGACCUUGACCGCGACCACACCCCUGGCGAACCGCCACUACCACGCUGUCUGCCCACCCACUGGUGCUCCGCUCAGUGCAUCGAUCCAGAAGAAAGCAUGUGUUGUCGAUGAGAAAGUCAUUCGCUCAGUUCUUACCGAAAAGGCAAAUACCCCUGACGUGCACGUCCAAAUAAAUCCACGCGACGGUCUUGCGCAGGUUGUUUUGUUUGUCCAGAACCCGGAUGAUGACCAUGUGACACCUGGCGAGCUCCACAACCAUCUUGACGGCUACCUCGUACCUAGCCGUAUCAUUCCCCUCAAAGGUCCGAUGCCUCUCGAUUUCUACGGAAACCCAGACCAGGCCGCUAUCAAUGAGGCCAUCCACGCCCGCAACUCAGAUGGUGACAUAUCGCCCCCUCAGCGCCGUGUGCGUGAGAUAUUCGCUGUCGCCUUGUCUUGUGCACCAGAGGAAAUAUCCUCUGCUACAGACUUUUUCGCUGCUGGAGGUGAUAGUCUUAGUGCUGGUCGUUUGGUUUCGCAACUUCGUCGAGAAUUUGGUAUUUUCCUGGCUGGUGACAUUCUCUUCCACCACAGCACCGUUGGAGAGAUAGAGCACAAGAUCCUUGAAGCCAUUGAAGUUAAAGCAGCUAAGGGCGACGAGGGCGAAGUUGAAUUGCCAGGUUGCGAGAAGACAUAUAGCAGCACGAACCCAAUUAUUUUGAUCCUCCAUCUGUUCCCGACUGUGUUCUUUUUCCCCAUGAAGCGCGCCUUCCAGUGGAUGAUGUUCGCAUAUGUCGUGGCCGAGUGCUCAAAUCGGUUCCCCAUCCGUGAGAACCUCAUCGGUCGUUUGAUGCUGGUUGUCUUCGCCGUGAUGUCUGCUCGCUUAUGUUCACAAAUUUUGUCUCCCAUCUUUGCUAUCACCUUCAAGUGGCUCGUCAUCGGUCGCUACAAGGAGGGAAUGUCACCCAUGUGGGGCCCCUACCACACUCGCUGGUGGUUGACGCAGAAGGCAUUGCAGGUGUGUGGAAAGGGCAUCUUCAACAACUACAAUUGGUCUCGCAUUCUUUUCUAUCGUUUGCUCGGCACGAAGAUUGGAAAAAAUGUUACCAUGUCUGCAUCCGCUAAACUUGGUGAGUAUGAUCUGAUUGAGAUCGGGGAUAAUGUUGUGUUGGAUACCUGCCGCAUUCGCAUUGGGAAGGACUCGGCUAUUGGCAUAAAGUCUGUCGUCGCUUCUGGUGCCGAUAUCCCCGAGAAUACCUGCAUCGGUCCUAACUCCUCGAGCUGGGAACUCCGGGAUGCCGAUGAGUCUAACCGCCAAUUGCUUACCUCUCAGAUCCCGAAACCUCACUGGCUCUGGGUUGUCUUGAUCGUUGAGCCAAUCAAGUUGAUCACAUGGACGGCCGCUCGUAUCACUUGGAUGGGUGGUCUUAUCCCUAUGGUUCUGGAGUUCCCUACUCCCGCGGCCGACAUGUUCCGUUCUACCCUAGACUGGUACACCAGUGGUAAUCGGAUUGCAUUCCACAUUGCCGCAAGAAUCUGUCGUGCUGUUGGUGGCCCGAUUGUGCUCUUCAUUGCGGUCUUGAUCAUCAAGUGCUUCCUCGAUCUCAUCUGUGGCAAGCCCAAGCCUGGUCCUGCCUCAAAACAGACCACUCGGCAAAAGAUUCGGAGUUCUGUACUUGCGCAGAUUCUACCGGCCGGAGACAUCCACGAACUCACCCGCCUUACUGGUCGUCAUUACGAAUUUGUCUCGAUGGCCGUCCGUGCCCUUGGUGGCAAGGUUGGGAGACAUGUCUACUGGCCCAGUGUUGGUCCCGUCACUGUUGACUUUGAUCUCAUUGAGGUUGGCAAUGAUGUUGUCUUUGGAUCUCGCUCGACUCUGGUCACAUCCGAUGGUUACGGCCGUGACCGCAUCGUGAUUGGUGACGGCACUAUGGUUGGCGAUCGUGUUGUCGCUUUGCCCGGCGCCACAAUCGGCCGUCAAGCCAUGAUCGGCUCCGGUGCUUUGCUCCGCCGUAACGGUGACUAUCCUGCCAACACUGUUUGGACUGGGAGCAAGGGUGGUGAGGCUAUUCAGUUCCCGAGUUCGACAACCACUUCCACUGCUUCAACCAUCGUCGGAGAUGGUAGCAGCAGUCCCAACAGUAGUAGCAGUGAAGACGAGAAAACACCAAUCGAGAAAUCACCAAUCGAGAAGACGCCCUAUAAGGAUGGAACCGUUACCGAGAUCGCUGAGCAGGAGGUGGAUACCUGCAAGCCUUUCGGUCGCGCCUUCUACCGCCACGAGGCCAGCUAUUAUGUCCUCCGCAUGUGGCAAAUCGUCAUCUAUUCUACCUUUGCAGUUAUUGUCACUACUGUCUACUGGCUUCUCACCGUCUUGUUUUCCCUGUUCCUUCUGCGCACUAUCCUAAACUAUAGUGAUGCUGCUGGUUUCAAGCAAGGCGCCUGGCGUCCAUUCGUCCUGUACGGCACUCUCGCCUCGGUCUUAUCUAUAAUCACCUCGGCUCAAGUUUUCCUCGCCUUUGGCAUCGUUAUCUGCAUUAAAUGGAUGGUCGUCGGCCGCCGCAAGGAAGGCGAAUACCACUGGGACAAGAGCAGCUACAACCAGCGCUGGCAAUUCCUCCUUUCCUGCGAGACUCUGAUCAAGGACUGCUAUGAUGGAGUUGGCCUUCUGUCCAUGAUCUCCGGCUCUGCUUACAUCUCCUGGUACUACCAGCUCUUGGGCGCGAAGAUUGGAAAGGAUUGUGCAAUUCAUGCCAACGGUGCUCCCAGUAUCUUCUUCACCGAGCCUGACCUCCUCACUCUUGGUGACCGUGUUGCUGUCGACGAUGCUAGUUUGGUUUGCCACUUGAACUCGCGUGGUGGCUUUGAGCUGCAUACAUUGAAUGUUGGGGACCGGAGUAUCCUGCGUGCUGGAUCGCGCCUGAUGUCCGGUGCUUCUAUGGGCCAAGACGCUUGUCUCUUGGAGCAUACUCUAGUCUUGUCGGGUGACCAUGUUGAGGAUGGGGAUACGCUCCAGGGAUGGCCUGCCGAAGGAUUUGAAGGCAAGCGUGUUUAG